UUUUCAGGUCAACAAAAAGUGUCUGAAAAGGCUUGGUCUUCAGGUGGUUAGAAGAGUGGAUCAUGCCAAAGUUCUGCACUACAUAGGAGCAGGGGUUGCCUUCCCAACCAUAUGAUGUUCAUUUUUUUCCAGUGUAUCCUGACAUAUCGCAUGGCACACACUUACUGGAACUGGUGGGCUGGACAUGUACGCUGUGUUCUUACAUUAUUUGGGCUGGUCAUUUUAGUGCUCAGUGGUGUUUUCUUCAUCCAGGAAGGCUUUGUGCUUCAACACUUGGCUGCUCUCUUUGAAUGGACCUUUAUAAUAAAUGUUCUUGUCUACUAUGGAACUUUUGCCUUUGAAUUUGGGGCAAUCACCACAGAUACAUUCCUGGUGCUCCUCAAGGCAAGCAGGGCCCCAAAGAGUUAUAAGUCAGGAACCAGCACUCCAGCCACACCUCAUGCUCACAGCACUUCUGAGAAUUUGGCCAUGAUAUGA